AUGGUUAAGAGAAAAAUACGUGCAAAGCUUCGUGAAUAUAACAAUAUAAGAAAGAAAGUGGCCAAAGAAAGAUCAGAGAUGGCGGAUAUGUUAAAAGAGAAGGAUAAUUUUGAACAGAAUUCGGAGAAAUACAGUAGUUUUAGUCAGGAGGAAUGCAGUAGUCAGGAGGAAUGCAGUAAUCAGGAAGAAUUUAGUGAUCAGGAGUAUGAAGGUGUAGAUGAAGAAGAAAGAACACGAAUACGUUUACUUGCAGUACCUCUCGUAUGGAAAAAAGGAUCUAAAAUAAGGACAGUAAGGGGGUUUUCCAAAUCAACCUAUUAUCGCAAAUUUGGUGCCUCAGGCACACUUACCAAUGCAGCCAAAGGAACUUCCAAAAUUACCUGUUUUUUUGAACCUUCAACAUUGACAUCACCAAUAUAUUCGACUGCUGAGGAUGCACGUUUUGAGCUUGGUGAUGUAAUUGCACAGCUUCAGGAUGAGCUUUUAAAAAAUGAAAGAACCUUCACUGCUCUAGAAUAUAACGAACGACGAGUUGUUUACGAAUAUUUUAUACGGCUAUAUGAUGGUCAUGGGAAAGUGAAAGCAAGUGAAGCCGCAGCGAGCAUAGUUUACAUCAACCCGAACCCAUAUAAAUGUAAAAGAGUCCGUUUUCUUGGCAAUUUUUAUUUGCGUAAUGAAUCAUUUCCGCUAUCCUAUCGUGGCCGGUAUCAAAAAUAUAAACGGUUAGUUGAUGAUGAAGAUGUGGCACUAAAAUAUAUACAGUGGAUACGAGAAGAAUCCGGAGUAAAUGGCGUUAGUCCAUCUCAAUUUAGACAAUAUGUCAAUUCUGUUAUUUUACUUGAGCAUACGGGAGAGAUAAAAAAGUCAAUUAGCCUAAGAACGGCUAAAAGAUGGUUAAAUGUUUUAGGUUGUCAGUUUAAAAAAUACCGAAAGGGUAUGUACUUUGAUGGACAUGAACGAAGGGACGUUGUCGAAUAUCGGAAGAGAUUUUUAGAAGAGAUGAAUAUUUUAGAACGACGGAUGGCAACUUAUGAGGGAAUAAACAUGGAACGGGUUUCACCUGUACUUAAAGUAGGCGAGCGAGAGUUGAUCCUUGUCACUCACGAUGAGUGUAUCUUUUAUUCAUACGAUGGAAAAAGAGGAAUUUGGGUAUAUGAUGGGAUGAUGCCAUUACGUAAGAAAGGGAAUGGAAAAUCGAUUAUG